AUGAUGGACACCACUCAAGGCCUCCCAAAGGCCAUGGAUCCUUCUUGGUACAUUUGUCAACACUUCUUUGUCGGCGCUCGUCCGGAUCCCACCCAGCCCAUUGACCAUAGCUGUGGGUUCCUGCUGGCUGACUGCAAGGCUGAUCUCGAAGCCAGCCUCACCGGACGUUGGUUCCAGGAAGACCCUGAUAUUGCAUGCUCUGCUUUCGCGCUCGAUGCGGUCCCUGAGGCAUGUCAAGGUGCUCUCGGUCUGGUGAGGGCGGAUGUUCUCGCUUGGGGCUCAGAUGCUCUGGAAGAUUCUUUCACUGCGAAAUAUCUCACCGUCGACCAAGUCAGCGAGGCGUCGUGGAUGGUCGGAACAGGUUCUGUAGACACAGGCAACGUCACCGCGUACUAUGAGGCGUCUAACCGCACCUUCAUUAUUGGUACCGUGUUCGGAUACAGCUCCGAUGUUGCCGAAGCACAGAGACAAACCCCCAAGCUCUCUCUCGCUUGCCUCCGGCCUGAGCGGGUUCCGCAACCAGCAGCCACCGGCAGAGCAACUGCAUCGACGACGGCUGUCUCCUCAACCGCAACGGAAGCAGGGGCGGUCAUCACCGAAGCACCCACUGCCACUACUACAACGGCUAGUCCAUAUACCACCACUGUAGCAGGCCCUGUAUGCAUCUCGGGUACGGCAUCGCCAAACCGGCCCGGUGGAAACUUCACGGACCUAUGCGAGUUUAGCUGCACCUACGGAUUCUGUCCCCCAACGGCAUGCCAGUGUCUUGAAUAUUCCGAGACGGCUAAGAUCGCUCCGGCCCUCACUGGCGAGGAUGGAUAUCCUCUCGACGGCGUCAUCGACGACGAUUACCAGCACCUUUGCAGCUUUGCUUGUAGUCAUGGAACCUGUCCUCAGGCAGUGUGUACCCACUGCUGA